AUGGCUGGCAAACACUCGGAAAACUCUGAAGGUGCACCUGCGAAGCGCCAAAAGACCUCUGGGGAAAUGAAUCCAAAGGACAACCCUUACCUCUCUCACUGGUACGACAAUGAGACUAACGGCUAUGGAAAUGUUUAUUCCACGCCUCCAAAAUCCACGGUUAGCCCUCUCUCGAAACUACGGCGUCAUAAGACAACGGCCGCCCUGGCUCGAGCCGCCGAAGAUGGGAAGGUCAAUCCAUUCACAGGGCGACCUCAUUCCGAGCGAUAUUUCUCUAUUCUGCGUACCCGAAGAGAUCUUCCCGUACAUGCUCAACGAGAUGAAUUCUUGCAGUUGUACCAGAAAUCGCAAAUUCUUGUCUUUGUUGGUGAGACCGGCUCUGGGAAAACGACACAGAUACCCCAGUUCGUCUUGUAUGACGAUCUGCCGCAGCAAGAACGAAAACUAGUUGCCUGUACGCAACCUCGACGAGUGGCUGCGAUGUCGGUGGCAGAACGUGUGGCUCAAGAGAUGGACGUCGAACUUGGUGAUGAGGUUGGUUACAGCAUAAGAUUUGAGGACAUGACAAGCCAGAAGACCAUCCUCAAAUACAUGACGGACGGUAUGCUUCUCAGAGAGGCCAUGAACGACCAUGACCUCAAGAGAUACAGUACCAUUAUUCUUGACGAAGCCCACGAACGUACACUGGCCACUGAUGUAUUGAUGGGUCUUUUGAAAGAGGUCGUGUUACGUAGACCAGAUCUCAAACUGAUCAUCAUGUCGGCCACCUUGGAUGCUCAGAAAUUCCAGCGAUACUUCAAUGACGCACCAUUACUCGCUGUACCCGGCCGGACACAUCCAGUCGAGAUUUUCUACACUCCUGAGCCCGAGCGGGACUAUGUCGAAGCUGCUAUCCGAACUGUACUGCAAAUUCAUGCCACAGAAGCCGAGGGAGAUAUACUACUGUUUUUGACGGGAGAAGAAGAGAUUGAGGACACGUGCCGCAAAAUCUCUUUGGAGGCGGACGAAAUGAUCCGUGAGGCCGAUGCUGGCCCGAUGAAGGUCUAUCCUCUCUAUGGCACAUUACCCCCGGCACAACAACAGAAGAUCUUCGAGCCGGCUCCUCCGCCUCGACGACCUGGAGGCAGAGCAGGACGGAAAUGCAUUGUCGCCACCAAUAUCGCGGAGACGUCUUUGACAAUUGACGGAAUCGUCUAUGUCGUGGACCCCGGGUUUUCCAAACAAAAAGUGUAUAAUCCCCGCAUUCGGGUCGAGUCUCUACUGGUGUCACCGAUCUCAAAGGCAUCGGCUCAGCAGAGAGCUGGCCGUGCGGGGCGUACUCGACCAGGGAAAUGUUUCAGAUUAUAUACCGAGGGCGCGUUCAAGAAAGAACUCAUCGACCAGACUUAUCCGGAAGUCUUGAGAUCCAACCUAUCAUCUACAGUCCUCGAGUUGAAAAAGCUGGGCAUCGAUGACCUCGUCCAUUUUGACUUGAUGGACCCUCCUGCUCCGGAAACUUUGAUGCGGGCUUUGGAGGAACUGAACUAUCUUGCUUGCCUAGACGAUGAUGGCAAUUUGACGACCAUGGGCAGACUCGCGUCCGAGUUUCCUCUAGACCCGGCGCUAGCGGUCAUGCUGAUUUCCUCACCCGAAUUCUACUGUUCGAAUGAGAUCUUAAGUUUGACGGCUUUGCUGUCGGUGCCCCAAAUCUUUGUGCGGCCUGCAUCAGCUCGAAAACGAGCCGAUGAAAUGAAGAACUUGUUUGCUCACCCCGAUGGCGAUCAUUUGACCCUGCUGAAUGUGUACCAUGCAUUCAAAGGGCCUGAAGCACAAGCCAACCCCAGACAAUGGUGUCAUGAUCAUUUUCUCAGUCUUCGAGCUCUCCAAUCAGCGGACAACGUACGCUUGCAGCUCAAACGUAUCAUGGAGCGCGAAGAAUUGGAAUUGAUGUCGACUCCUUUCGAGGACAAGAAAUACUACGAGAACAUUCGACGGGCCUUAGUGUCAGGAUUCUUCAUGCAAGUGGCCAAAAAGGAGGCCAAUGGUAAGACUUAUACGACCGUGAAAGACAAUCAAACGGUACUUUUGCAUCCCAGCACGGUCCUUGGUCAGGAGAGUGAAUGGGUCAUCUACAACGAAUUCGUGCUUACUAGCAAGAACUAUAUUCGAACAGUCACAGCUGUUAGAGGCGAAUGGUUACUCGACAUUGCACCGGGAUAUUACGACAUCGACAGCUUUCCCAAAGGCGAGGUCAAGACGGCGCUUCAGCGAAUUGCUGAGAGGGUGGCUAGGCGACAAAAGAUGAAAGCAGGGAGAUAG